AAUAACUCUGAUGUAGCCACUAAAUCUGUCCUUCCUAUGGCUCAACAGACAUAGAUAUGGACGGUAUGACUGCAGCAGCACAUUUUGGACGAAGGGUUUUGACCGCUCGCUCUACUUCUGACGCAAGAUGUUUACAGUCUAUCUGCACUAUCGCUGUACAUAGAGCGUGCCUUGCCGACUACAAGAAGCUUACGCAAGGUGUUCGAUUACUUGAAGAGUUCUACGUCAAACUAGCUCGAUGUGCAAUUAAAGGCAACUUAAAGACGUCGCGCCAUCUAAUUCUUGAGGCUAAAAUGUUCGACCACAGAGCAUGUCUACAAUAAGCCCGUAAAUCAAUUGAUUGCUUGAACAGGCACUAGGCGAUGCAUCGAUUGGUCAAAGCGAUCGUGAAGUUGCGGUCAAGACUCAGCAUCCGGAUGCCGAGACCUUUUUCUCACUCGGAUAUCAAUACGAUCCACGGCUUAAUCGGUUUCCUGACCAGUACUUUUACCAUUUCGUGUGAAAGUGAUACAGCAACUAACGAGAAAGCUUAUCGACACUCACGAAGUCAGGGAUUAACAUGGUGUAAAUAGGAUUGCUACGAAAUUGUAUGGUGUAAAGUGACGAUUCCAGAAUCGAGGAUUGAGAUGUGUAUGAAGAACUUAUUAGAUAUGAAACUUUUUAAGAUAUAACAUAGCGUUCAGGACAACGACAGUGACAGCUAAAAAGCAGGAGCAGAAAUGGAAGGACAAAGAGUGCGACGCAUAAAGACUGGAAGAGAAGUUCUUCUCCCUCUUCGUGGGUGAACGAGUAUGUCAUCGCUAUUAGCAUUGGCUGGGGGUAUUGAAUGCCAGAAAAUAUAUUGUAUAGACUUCAAGGUUGUAUUAUGUACAUUACAUCAUUCUAUUCUGUCAGUUUAAAUCAGUAUUGCGCCAC